AUGCAAAGCCAUAAACGAGGAGCCGACGAGGCCUUUUUCGACCACGAAGAUGACUGUAUUAUAGUUUCCGAGCAGCCUGAGCCAGCGCGCAAGGUGCGCCGAGUUCAUUGGGAUCUACCAACUCCGUCGUCGACUUCCGGACUGGACACGGACGCAGCACUCAGCCCAGCACUGCAUACAUUCUCUGCUUCAAGCGUGGCCAUCCCGAUGGAGAUCGACCUGACUGAAGAGGACAGCGACCAACCCGAGGACGCUGAAAUUGUCCAAGCUCGGAAUGCCCGACUCGACGAGUUCCGUGGUUUCACAUCCACCAGUUUCCCCGCGCUUAUGCUGCCUGUCGAGACGAGGCUGGCUUUGAUCGAGACAGGUCACCGUCGACUUGGGAUUGCGCGGGAACAAAAAAUCAUGCUUGUCGAUUUAUACAUUGACGAGCACUGCCUCCCCAUGUGGUCCACGUUCUACUGGGACCCUCAAGAAAUCAGUCUUCAUGACCAUCUGCAAGAGCGCUUUGCGGCGGUAGACUUGGUGCGCAAUAUAGGCGAGCCGCUGCAGAGCGACUUGGUCGUCAAGGCGAAUCAGAAGUUGGACGUUGCGCGCGACUUGGGUCUUACUAUCGACGAUAUUAAGAUCGGGGACGACUUACUUCCAUGUCCAUGCUGGGGCCCCAGGUCACCAAUUCCUGAUGCUUCGAAAUCUUUCGAGCAUGAAGAAGGAGUCGGUGGUGAGAUCUAUGGUGACACUGAAGAUGAAAAGAGACCGUGGUCUCCCAUGUCUGAGGAGAACGAUUCAGACGUAGGACUCAACCACAAUGCUCUCGUAAAUGACAGCGAAGACGGCACAGUUUCAUCGACUGAUGGCGAGGAGGAUGAAUCAUACUAUUCUGAUGCGACGUCGCCCCUCAACAUUUUCCACGAUGCAAUUAUUGCAGACGCACCAGAUGGAGUAGAAUGGGAGGUCGACCUCGAGGUGUACCUCGCACACGAAGACGACCUUGACGUGGCCAAUCUGCCAGAGAUUGAGCUGGCGCUUGAUCGUGACGGCUAUGAAUACCACUUUGAGACAUCGGAGGCGAUUGAUGUCGCUGCGGACUUUCAGAUGACUUGCUCGAUAAACGCGCCUGAGAUCGAGCUGGAGACGUACGAAGAGGACAUGGAAGACAAUAUCAUCGAUUCUGGGCGCACGAAGAAUGAUAAACGGAAAACUAAUAGGAGAAUUUCGCUUGUUGUGGAAGAUAGGGACAACUGUCAUGGGAAUCCAAAUGGUCAUGGGGAAGAACCAGACUCUGAUGUCUCUGAGGAGGUGACGGAUUAUGAGGGGGACUCAGGAGGCACGGUCGUAGAUGUGAAGGAUGAGCGCACAUAA